AUGCCUGCCCUGCACACUCUUCAGAAACAUAUACCUGUUACAGCUGCAACAAGUCUGGCCAUUUUCAAUCUAACUGUCUCCACAUCUCCAAACCUGCUCAUAGGUCAGCAAUCACUAACAAAUGCUCUUGCCAUCUCAACCAUUACAUCUGCAGAUUCCAUCUACAAUCCAGCUAACAAAGCUUUAUCUUCUCUUCUGCUGAUUGAACUACAAUGCAAUGCUAAUGUAGUCAGUCAUGCUGAAGAGGAAACACCAUCCAACAACACCGCCCAUAUUGCAGAUCCUGAAGACUAUACAAUGUUUGACGCUCUUGCAGAACAAGAGCCUGAGAUGGCUGCCAAUAAGCAGGCUCUUCUAGGGGCUAUUCAUGCUACUGAAACUAAAAGAAUAUGUUGUCUUACCCAACAUACACCUAAUCGCAACAUGAGAUGCAGUCUUUUCACGUCCCCCACAUACAAGAACACUGCAUCUCAUAACUCUUCGUCCUUCCCUCCACCAUGGUUCACUUGUCAAGCCCUCGGCACAGAGGCCAAAUCAAACCAAUGA